GGAAGAGCCAAGAAAGGGGAUCCGGCAGCACUCCAGCCAUGGGCCCUUUGAGGCUCUUGCUGCUGCUGCUGCUUUUGCUGCUGGCUAGCGGCCCUUCCUCCCAAGAGGAGGGAUCUGAGACCCCAGGUGCCAGCUGUCCAAAAGAUACAACCAGAUUCAAACACCUCAGGAAAUACGUGUACAACUAUGAAGCCGAGACCACAAGCGGAGUGACCGGAACAGCAGACUCUCGAAGCGCCGCCAAGAUUAACUGCAAGGUGGAGUUAGAGGUUCCCCAGCUAUGCAGCUUCAUCCUGAAGACAAGCCAGUGCACCCUGAGGGAGGUUUAUGGUUUCAACACAGAAGGGAAAGCCAUGUUGAAGAAGACUAAGAACUCGGAAGAGUUUACCACCGCCAUGUCCAAGUAUGAACUUAAAUUAAGCGUUACUGGAGGCAAGCAGGUCUUACUGUACCCAGACAAAGAUGAGCCAACCCACAUUCUGAAUAUCAAGAGAGGCAUCAUUUCGGCUCUCCUACUGCCCCCGGAGAUGGAAAAAGACCAACAGCAAUUGGUUAUGGAAACGGUCUACGGGAACUGUUCCAGUCACAUCACGGUCAAGGCGAGGAAGGGAUCUACAGCAACGGAGAUGGCAAUUGAGCGAAACCUGAAGAAGUGUGACCACUUCAGUCCUAUCAGCGGAGACAUGAGUCCAUUAGCACUCGUCAGAGGCUUGAACACCCCACUCUCUACACUGAUCAGAAGCAGCCAAUCGUGCCAGUACACAGUGGACAACAGAAGGAAACAUGUGUCUGAAGUCAUCUGCACGGAGAAACAUCUCUUCCUGCCAUUCUCUCACAAGAAUCAGUAUGGCAUGAUGACACAAGUCAGACAGACCCUGAGACUGGAAGAUACCCCCAAAAUUAACAGCAGAAUUUUUGAUGAAGCUUCCUUGCCAAAGAAAGGACUAGCAUUUGAGAAGACCGAAGAUACACCACCUCUAAAGCAGGGAGAGGACGUGCUGAAGACCCUCAAGGACCUCCAGAAACUGUCCGCCACCGAGCAGAGCAACCAGCGCGCUAACCUCUUCGGGAAACUGGUGACCGGACUGAGAGGGCUGAACGAAGAAGCGAUGCUUUCAUUGCUCCCGAAGCUGAUUGAAGUCUCCAGCCCUGUCACUCUUCAGGCUUUGAUGCAAUGUGGUCAACCACAGUGCUACUCUCAAGUAUUUGAAUGGCUGAAAGCGGAGAAAGUGAACCCUCUGGUUGUAGAUGCAAUCACCUAUAUAGUUGGCCUGCUUCCUGAACCGGGUCCUCACAGGGUGAGGGACAUCUUCAAGACAGCAAAGGAUCAGAAAAGUCGAGCCACUUUCUAUGCCUUGAGCCAUGUGGUCAACGGUUUCUAUGACUCAAACCAGGAGGUGACCCAGGACCUUAAGGAUAUUGCUGAAUAUCUGAUGGCACAGAUUGGAAAUGAAUGCUCUGGGAAUGAAGAAUUGACUUACCUGACCCUAAAGGUCACUGGAAACAUGGGGCAGGUGAUGGAUCUGGCGAACCCCAAACUGAAGUCUUCCAUUCUGAAAUGUAUCACGAAUCCAACCUCUUCUUCCGUUCAGAAAGUAGCGAUCCAGGCUCUCAGAAAAAUGGAACUCACUGAUGAGGUCAGGGGAGUCCUCCUCCAGACUUUCCAAGAUGACAGCUCCCCAGUGGAUAAACGUUUGGCUGCUUACCUAAUUCUGAUGAGAGAUCCUUCCCAGUCUGAUGUCCACAAAGUUGCUAAGACCCUCCUGAAGGACAACAGUCAACAAGUGAAAAGCUUCGUGGCUUCCCAUCUCGCUAACAUUUUAGAGUCAGAUGAAGCAUUUGUCCAGGGUCUCAAAGGCAAAGUAGAAGAAGCUCUUAAAGGCUCCCAGGUCCCCACAGCCAUGGACUUUCGAAAGUUUUCCCGAAACUAUCAGAUUUCCAAGACGGUCUCCGUGCCAGAUCUUGACCCCAUCUCAGCCAAAGUUGAAGCAAAUCUCAUAUUUGACCCAAACCAUUACCUCCCUAAAGAAGCCAUCCUCAAAACUACACUAAAACUCUUUGAUCAGGCAGAAGAUCUCUUUGAGAUCGGCUUGGAGGGAAAGGGCUUUGAGCCAACUUUGGAAGCCCUUUUUGGCACGAAAGGAUUCUUCCCAGACAGUGCCACCCAGGCUCUCUAUUGGGUGGAUGGCAAAGUUCCCAACCAGGUUUCCAGGACUUUGGAGGACCAUUUCGGCUACAGCAAAGAUGGCAAACGAGAGCAGGAUAUGAUGAAAGGAAUUAUGGUCAGUAUUGAAAAACUGGUCAAGGAAAUGCAGUCGAAGGAAGCCCCUGAAGCCAAUGCCUACCUCCGAAUUCUGGGCGACGAACUUGGCUAUUUGAAACUCAGUGAUCUAAAAUUCCUAGGACGUCUGCUCUUCAAAAGUGCUAACACCCUGCAAACAAUCCCUCGAAUGAUUGCCGAGACUCUGUCGAAAGGCUCAAAGAAUGAUCUGUUUGUUCACUACAUUUUCAUGGACAACAACUUUGAUCUCCCAACCGGAGCUGGAUUGCCGCUUCAGGUCGCAUUUUCUGGAAUAGUGGCCCCGGGAGCCAGAGCAGGGAUGAGGCUUCAAGCAGCAAACAUGCAGGCAGAGCUGAUUGCUAAACCAGCCGUAUCCGUUGAGUUUGUGACACACCUAGGAGUUGUCAUUCCGGACUUCGCUAGAAGUGGUGUGCAGAUGAAUUCCAACUUGUACCAUGAAUCUGGACUUGAAGCACAAGUUACUCUGAAAGCCGGACAGCUCAAGCUUUCCAUACCAUCUCCCACGGGCCCAGUCAAGCUCUUCAGUGUCAGUAACACCCUUCAUCUGGUCUCCACCACCAAAACUGAAGUCAUUCCACCCUUCAUUGAGAACAGGCAGUCGUGGUCAACGUGCAAACCUUUCUUUACUGGGCUAAACUACUGCACCACUGUAGCCUAUUCUAACGCCAGCUCUACCGAUGCAGCCCCUUUCUAUCCGCUAACUGGAGAUACCAGGUUUGAGUUUGACCUGCAACCCACAGGAGAAGUGCAGGAGUACUCUGCAAGUGUGAACUAUGAAUCACAGAAAGAGGGAAAAGACCUGGUGGACAGUUUGAAAUUUGGUGUUCAAGCAGAAGGUAGAAAGCUAAGUGAGGCUGCAGUGAUUUUCAGAUACAACCGAGGCAAGAAGAUUUUGACCGGUGAUUUACAAAUUCCAGAAUUCGAUGUUGACUUUGGAGCCAAUUUGCGUGUGAAGGAUGAAUCAGCUCAGGACAAAAAGGCAUAUACCCUUACCUUGGACAUCAACAACAAGAAAAUCCCUGAAAUUACCAUUACUGGCCAGAUGAGAUUUGACGGAAAUGAAGAAGGAAUGAUUGGUGGCAUCAUAUCCAUUCCUCGUCUGCAGGCUGAGGCCAGAACGGAGACAUUGUUCCACCAGUCCUUUAACAAACUGACGCUCCAAACGGACUCCUCUGCCACCGCUUAUGGGAUGACACUUUCAAAGAAAAUGGGAUUCCAGUAUGAUAAUGAAAAGAUGGAAUUUGAAUGGAAUACCGGAAGCAAUACUGACACCAAAAAAGUGGCUGCCAUUUUCCCUGUGGACAUCUCUAAGAGUUUACAUCAGUAUGCCAAUGAUCUGCUAGAUCAUCACGUUGCUCAUACCAACAUGACUUUCAGGCGUAUCGUUUCAAACUCAAUAGAAGCAACAAACACAUGGCUUCAGUCGGCUGCUGAGAAUGUUCCAUAUGCUCAGGUGCUACAAAAUAAGCUAAGAAAUCUACAGGAAUUGAACAUGGAGAAGAUGGGAUUGCCGGAUUUCCAAGUCCCUGAGAAUCUGUUCUUGAAAAGCGAUGGCCGGAUCAGGUAUUCAUGGAAUGAGAAUAAAUUUGAAAUCGCGAUUCCAGUACCUUUUGGGGGAAUAUCAUCCCAAGACAUGAAGGUCCCACAGUCCGUACGGAUGCCGGAAUUGAAGCUGGAGUCAGUGGGGAUCCACCUGCCCUCCCAAGAGUUCACAAUUCCUCCAUUUGCUGUUCCAAAGUCUUAUCAACUGCAAGUGCCCCUUCUUGGUGUCCUGGAGCUCUCAACCAAUGUGUACAGUAAUCUCUAUAACUGGUCAGCUUCCUAUACAGGGGGCAACACCAGCCAAGAUAACUUCAGUCUCCAGUCUCGAUACCAUGUGAAAGCCGAUUCCAUUGUAGAUCUUCUCUCGUACAAUAUCCAAGGUUCUGGAGAAACCACUUAUGACUACAAAAACACGUUCACCAUAGCUCUGGAUGGAUCUUUACACCACAAAUUCCUGGACUCACACCUGAAAUUCAAUCACAGAGAAACUCUCGGAAACCAUCCAGUUUCUAAAGGUUCCCUAACAUUCGAUUCGUCAAGCUCCUUGGGGACACAGGUGUCCGUUGCUGCCAAUUUUGACUCGAAAAGGAGGCAGCAUUUGUCGGUCAAAGAAGCGAAAAUUGAUGGUCAGCUCACCAUAUCCUCAUUCGUCGCCAAAAGUGCUUACUCUCUGUCAUAUAACCGUGAUGUCAACACUCAACACAUAAAUGGAGAAUCCAAUCUGCAGUUCAAUUCCCCCUACCUUAAGGGUUCCAAUCAAAUAACUGGAAGAUACGCUGACGGAGCACUGUCCAUUACCUCUGCCUCUGAUCUUCAGAGUGGCACCUUAAAGAACACCGCUUCCCUGAACUAUGAAAACAGCCAGCUGACCCUGAAGUCUGACACAAGUGGCAAAUUCCAGGACUUUGUAGCAACCAACAAGGUAGACCUGUCCCUCUCCAGGGAGAAUGCUCAAUUGCGCUCAGAGUACCAGAGCGAUUACAAAAACCUGAGAUUCUACGCCUUGCUCUCAAGCUCCCUCAAUUCCCAGGGCCUCGAACUGAACGCCGACCUCCUCGGAACCGAUCAGACCAACAGAGGGGCUCACAAAGCAACGCUGAGAAUUGGCCGGGAUGGUUUGUCUACAAGCGCCACCACCAACUUGAGGAUAAGCCCUCUGAUCCUGGAGAAUGAAGUGAACGCCGGACUUGGUACUUCAGGUGCUUUGGUAAAAGUCACAAGUAACGGUCGCUUCCGGGAACACAAUGCAAAAUUCACCCUGGAUGGAAGAGUAGGCCUAACGGAGAUAGUCCUAGGGAGUCUCUAUCAAGCUACAAUCUUGGGUGCUGACAGCAAAAAUGUUUUCGACUUUAGGAUCAACAGAGAAGGACUUAAGUUUUCCAAUGGCAUCAUGGGAUCGUAUAAAGAGAUCAAGCUGGAGAACAGCAAUAAUCUGAACAUUGCUGGUUUAGCCUUAGACUUCACUUCCAAGCUAGAGAACACCAUUGGCUCUGACAAGUCCUACAGGCACGAUUUCAACUUCCAGCUGCAGCCUUUUUCGCUUUUGGCUACCUUGACCAAUGAUUUCCAAUUCGGUGCCCUUGCUGCAACCAACCAUGGGAAGUUAAGACUCGAGCCCCUGAAGCUCAGUCUCGGAGGUAACGUGAAAGGGUCCUACAAAUCGGAUGAAUUCAAGCACAUCUACACCUUGACGUACGCCGAUCUGGCAGCCAGUUAUAAAGCAGACACCAUUGCCAGCAUUCAGGGCACAGAAUUUUCCAACAGAGUUAACAUGGGCACUGCUGGGCUGUCUUCUGCCUUGGACAUGAGCACGAGCUAUAACUCAAAACCCCUGCAUUUCAAUAAUGUCUUCCGGUUUGCCCUGAGCCCGUUUACCAUUACGGUUGAUGCUCACACCACAACCAAUGGGAAACUGAGUUUUCUGGGGGAACAUACCGGACAGCUUUACAGCAAAUUCUUAUUUAAAGGGGAGCCUCUCGCCUUCUCUCUCUCCCACGAUUUCAAAGGUUCUUCCGGACAUGCCUUCGAAUCUGGCCACAAAGUCAAUACGGGUCUCGAAAACAAAGUCAGUGCUCUGUUUACGCCAGAGGAACAGUCGAGCACCUGGAAACUGAAGACUCAGCUGAACGAAAAUGAAUACACCCAAGAUUUUCAUGCCUACAAUGCUAAAGAUAAGAUUGGGGUGGAAUUUGGCGGAAGAGCUCUAUCUGACCUCGCGAUGUUGGACUCGCCAAUAAAAGUGCCACUUCUGCUAACGGAACCAAUUAAUCUGAUUGACGUUUUUGAUUUAAGGGACACUGUGGGCCAGCCUCAAGAAUUCAGCCUCUCUGGUUCUGUAAAAUAUGACAAGAAUGAGCACGUUCACGUAAUCAAUCUUCCGUUCUUGGAAAGCCUGCCAGCUUAUUUCCAAAAAUUCCAAGAAGCCAUCCUUAACACCCUAAAGCAUGUACAGAAAUACCUGAAGAGCAUAAAUAUCAAUCAGUAUGUGAGAAAAUACCAAGCAGCUUUGGACAAACUCCCUCAGCAAGUGAAUGACUACCUAAAUCAAUAUGAUCUAGAAGGACAAGUUAGAAGUGCAAAGGAGAAAUUAAUCGUUUUCACCGACAGCUAUCAAAUCACAAUGGACGAUCUACAGAUGGCACUGGAUAAUGCCAAAAUCAACUUAGAAAAAAUCCUGGUGCAGCUACAGACUUAUGUGAUACAAUUUGAUCAGUAUAUUAGAAAUCAUUAUGACCUCCGUUCUUUUAAAACGGCCGUUACUGACUUUAUUGACUAUCUCGUUAAAACAUGGAAAAAUCUUGAUGAACAUUAUAAAAUCAGAAUCAAUGCAAUAAAAGCAAUACGAGAAAUGCAUUUAGUUGUGGAAAACAUUGAUGUUAACAAAUUGGGGAGUGCUACUGCUUCCUGGGUUCAGGAUUUAGAUGCAAAGUACCAAAUCAAAGCUCAAAUACAAGAAAAACUGCAUCAGCUUAAGGUUCAGAUUCAGAAUAUUGACAUCCAACAUCAUGCUGAGAAACUGAAACAACAGGUGCAGGCCUUAGAUAUCAAAAUCUAUCUUGAUCGAUUGAAGGUGUCUUUUCCACUUCAAAGAAUAAAGGCUAUUUUUGAACAAAUCAAAGAUAUUAUCAUAAAUCUCCUGGAGGAUUAUGAAGUAGCUGAAAAAGUCAGUGUUUUUAGAGGCAAAAUCCAUGCACUAAUUAAGAAGUUUGAAAUAGACAAACAGAUCCACAUCCUAAUGGAUAAGUUAGUGCACUUGACCCACCAAUACAAAUUGAAGGAAACGCUUCAGAAACUAACCGCUUCACUGAAAAAAAUUGAUUUAAGAAUAUACUUUGAGAAAUUGGUGGGCUUUGUGGAUGAUGCCAUUAAGAAGGCCAAAACACUUCACUAUGACCAGUUGAUUGAUGACGUGAACCAGUUCCUUGACAUGCUCAUAAAGAAAGUAGCCGCUUUUGAUUACAAUCAGUUUGUGGCUGAAACCAACAACAAAAUCCUGGUGAUUACCCAGAAAAUCAAUGAUGAAAUUAAGUCUCUAGAACUACCUCAGAAAGUUGAAGCAGCGAAAGUGUACAUAGCAGAUGUCAAUGCAGUGAUUGCACAGUGUGUAGAAAAGCUGAAGGACACUAAAAUCACAGUAAUAAUUGACUGGUUCAGGGAUCUCAUAAGCUCAACUUCCUUGGAUCAUCUGAAAGCUAGUAUGCGGGAAAACCUCGAAGACCUCAGAGACCUCAUCUAUGGUAUAGACAUUCCAAGGGAAAUUCAAUUAUAUCUACAGAAGGCAGGCCAAGCUUACCACACCGUCGUCACUUAUAUUUCUAACCAAUGGAGCGUUGUGGCGAAGGAGAUUGAUAAAUUGGCUGAGCAGUACGAUAUGAAAAACUGGGCUGAGAACCUAAAAGGCUUUGUGGAACUUGGUUUUACAGUUCCUGAAAUCAAAACCAGCAUCAUUGCUGUCCCCGCCUUUGAAGUCAGUCUCCGGGCCCUUCGACUAGCAACGUUCCAGACCCCGGCUUUCAGGGUUCCAUUGACAGACUUGCACAUCCCAUCCAUUCAGAUAAACAUAAAGAAAUGGAACGAAAUCAAAGUCCCAUCUCGGUUUACCACCCCCGAAUUUACUAUUCUCGACACCUUUACGGUUCCCUCCUAUACAAUUGACUUUAAAGAGCUAAAACUAAGGAUUGUCAGAACGAUCGACCAAAUGCUCUCCAGUGAGCUUCGGUGGCCCUUGCCAGAAAUAUAUUUUAGAGAUUUGAAAAUGAGCGAUGUCGCUUUCUCCGGAAUCACUUUGCCCGAUUUCCAGGUGCCAGAGGUAAAGAUCCCAGAAAUUGUGAUCCCUAAGCUCAAUCUAAAUGAAUUUCAAGUGCCCGACAUUCGGAUUCCAACAUUCCAGCUCCCGCAGAUCCCGCGUGCCGUGGCUCUUCCUGCUUUUGGGAAGCUGUCUGCCGUUUUUAGAAUAACGUCUCCCUUUUUCUCCCUGAAUACCAACGCCGGCGUUCACAACACAACAACGCUGAUGAGUACUCCCGAAUUUGUGGCCUCCGUUACGGUGGAUUCGAAAUCCAAAUUUGACCUUCUGGCUUUCACUUUUGAUGCAAGCACGCACCUCUCAGCUCCCAAAAUGGAAAAGCUCAUCUUGAAGCAAUCGGUAAAAUUCUCCCAGCAGUACCUAAAGACUCAGCAUGAGAGCGAGGUGGUAUUUCUAGGAAACUCCAUCCAGGGUACAGCUGAUUCGCUGGCAAGCCUACACACAGAGAAAAAUGCACUCGAGCUGAAUAACAACAUGUUCGUCAAGCUGCAAAAGCAGGUGGCAUUUGAGAGUAACACGAAAUACACCCACAAAUUAAACAUCCCCCAAGCAGAUUUCUCAAGCCAGGCUGACCUGCACAAUCAAGUCAAGGCCCUGUUGGAAGCUGGGCAUGUCAGCAUCGUCUCUGUGGGCGCGGGGUCCUGGAAAUGGGCUUCCCCGCACUUCUCAGAAGAAGGGACCCACGAGUCCCUCCUCAAAUUCAAUGUAGAAGGCCCAAUCACCCUCUUUGAUCUGUCCAAUCAGAUCAAUGGCAAGAACCUAAAAGUGAAUCAAAAGUUGGCCUUUGAAUCCGGCUUCCUCAACUUUGCAAAAUUUGAAGUCGAGUCUGAAGUUGGCUCUCAGCACCUGGGGCAGAGUGUCCUGAUUGCCAAAGGCUCAGGGCUCCUUGGAGAAAUGAAACUGCAACUUACUGGCCACCAUGAGGCGAACCUCAAAGGAAAAGUCGAUGGCACCUUAAGAAAUGAUCUUGCCUUUUUAGCCCAGCCGUUUGAAAUCAGCGCCUCGACAGACAAUGAAGGAAACAUUAAAGUUAGCUUCCCGUUAAAGCUGUCAGGCAAGAUUGACUUCCUGAAUAAGUAUGCACUUGUCCUGAACCCGGGGGUCCAGCAGGUCAGCUGGGAAGUCGGAGGGAGAUUCAACCAGUACAGGUACAACCACAACUUUUCUGCAGGAAACAAUGAGAACAGCAUUGAGGCACAGGUGGAAAUGAACGGGGAUGCCAACCUCGAUUUCCUCAGUGUCCCUCUAGACAUCCCGGAGCAAUACAUUCCUCUGCCUUUCUUAACAAUCCAAACACCCCCUGUGAAAGACUUCUCUGUGUGGGAGAAAACAGGCCUGAAAGACUUCUUGAAAACCACGAAGCAAUCAUUCGAUUUAAAUGUCAAAGCCCAGUAUAAGAAGAACAAAGACUGGCAUGCGAUCCCUCUGCCAGUAGGAGCAGUUUACGAAGCAAUUGAGCAAAACCUCAAAUCCUUGAACACGUAUUUUGAGAAAGGCAGGGACAACGCACUAGAUUUCCUCACCAAGUCGUACAAUGAAGCAAAGAUUAAGUUUGACAAGUUUAAAGUAGAGCCAUCCCUCAACAAACUCCCCAGGACCUUCAGAAUUCCAGGAUACACCGUUCCAGUGGUCAACAUCGAAGUCUCUCCCUUCACCGCCGAGCUGCCAGCAUUUGGUUACAUGGUCCCCAAGGAAAUUAGCACCGUGGGCUUUUCGAUCCCAGGAAUUGGCUUCUCUGUGCCAUCCUACACGCUUGUCCUGCCAUCCUUAGAACUACCAGUCCUCCACAUCCCAAAUACCCUGCGCACAAUUACGCUGCCGAGGUUCCGACUUCUAAGCACGGCCAAUAAUAUUUGGAUUCCUAGCAUGGGGAACAUUACGUAUGACUUUUCCUUUAAAUCAAGCAUUAUCACCUUGAAUACGCAUGCUGGGCUUUACAAUCAGUCGGAUAUCGUGGCCCAUUUUAGUUCUUCAUCUUCCUCGGUCUUUGACGCCCUGCGGUACAAAUUGGAUGGCAAAACAAGUUUGACAAGGAAAAGGGGACUGAAGCUGGCCACGGCUCUGUCCUUGAACAACAAGUUUGUGGAGGGAAACCACGACAGUACCAUCGGCUUGACCCGCAGGAACAUGGAAGCCUCCGUGACCACAGUUGCCAGAGUACAGACGCCAAUCUUGAGAAUGAAUUUCAGACAGGAACUAAACGGCAAUACGAAAUCCAAGCCUACCGUCUCUUCCUCGCUUGGCUUGAAGUACGAUUUCAGCUAUCCUAAAUCGCAGAGUAGUGCCAAAGGAACCCUUGAGCACAAGCUCACUCUCGAAAGCCUGACGUCUUAUUUUUCUGUCGAGUCAAUAUCCAAAGGCAACAUGAGUGGCUCUGUUCUGUCUCAAAAGUAUUCUGGAGCGUUCACGAACGAAGCCAACACGUACCUGAACUCCAAGGGGGCACGCUCUUCGGUGAAGGUUGAGGGCCACUCCAAAGCUGAUGGUGUCUGGAACGUGGAAGUAAAAGAAAACUUUGCGGGAGAGGCCUCUAUCAGGCGCCUCUACGCAGUUUGGGAACACAAUGGCAGAAACCAGUUGCAGCUCCAGCGAGUCUUUUCCACUAAAGGAGAUCAAAACAGCCGAGUCACUUUGGAGCUCGGUCUCUGGAGCGUUUCCACCCUCCUUCAGAUUCAAGCUAGCCAGCCCAGCUCCCUCCUAGAUGAAGCCUCCAUCAGUCAAGCUUUCCUGCUGAACACCAGCCCGGAAAACCAGCAAGUCGUCUGGAGAGGGGAGGGUCACGUUCAAACCGCCUACGUCAGUCACGAGGUCCAGCUGUCAAACGGCAGAGCCGAGGCCCGAAUGGAUAUCGCCGGGUCCGUUGGAGGACAUAUGAGAUUCCUGAAAGGAAUUCAAGUGCCAGUUUAUGACCGAAGCAUUUGGGACCUCUUGAAACUGGACGUGACCACCAGUGAAGACCAGAAACAAUAUCUCAAAAUCUCAACUGGCCUCGUUUACACCAAGAGCAAGUCUGGCUAUGUUUUCCCUCUGAAACUGAAUCAACUCGCUGACGGAUUCACAGUCCCCGGAUUGGAACUGGAAGGCCUGAAUUUUCCCUGGGCAACUCCAGCCUUCCGGGUUCCCUUCACAACCCUUGAGGUUCCCUCCUACACCCUUGAUUUCAGUACAGUCAAAAUCCCCAAAAAGCUAAGCUCGCCCCCAUUUGACCUAAACUUACCAUCAUUGCCAAAGGUAAAAUUCCCUAAAAUCGAUGUAUCAAUACAAUACACCACUCCUGAUGACGCGCAGAUUCCCUUCUUUGAAAUAACAUCACCCGAGUAUCGCAUAACUCUUUCACAGUUUACUCUCCCGAAAAGCGUUACAAUUGGAACCGUCCCGUUAGAUCUGAACAAAGUGGCAAAUAAGAUCGCGGACUUUGACCUGCCAACCAUUUCAAUGCCAGAACAGAAAAUUGAGAUUCCUUCUGUUAAAAUCUCCUUACCUGCUGGAAUUUUCAUUCCUUCAUUUGGAUUUUUGACUGGAGAUUUCAAAGUAACCUCACCCUUAUAUAAUGUCACAUGGAGCGUUGGCCUGAAAAACGAAGGAGAUCACAUUGAGACUUCUCUUGAUUCCACGUGCAGUUCGACUCUACAGUUCCUGGAAUACGAUAUAAAUGUUGUAACAACAUACCGAACAGAAGGUGACAACUUAAAAGGGGAGGAGACGGGUACGUUUUCCCACCGGGACUUCAGUGCAGAAUAUAAAAUGGAUUUCACCCUUCGCGGAAUUUGUGAUUUGCAUCAAAAUCUGGUGCUUGGCAUCAUGAGCCCCACUUUCACCAAUGUCUACUUGAACUAUACAGAAGACGACGACAGUGUUACCAUCUCGAUAGCCUCGCCGCCCAUAGGCACUUUAGGAGGUGGUCUCCAGACUAGCGGUGACAUCACUACGGGAAACUUGUACUUCCGCCCUUGGUCCACUCCUGAGAGAGAAGUCAACAUAACCGAAAUGGUGAUCUUCCUCGAGGACUCGGGUGUGAGCCAGGACAAAAUCAGCUGGAAUGAGGAUGCCGCCGAGGAAGUCCUCAACACCCUGAAGAGGUCCGUGCCCAAAAUGACCACGGCCGUGUAUAACUGGGUCGAUAAGUAUCACCAGGAACACACAGGCAUGGAUCUCAGGAUGGCCUCUUCCAGACUGAAGAGAAGUAUGCAAGACAGUGCUGACAGAGCCUACGCUGAAGCAAGAAAACACAUUGCAGAGGCAACUUCAGACCUCAGAGGAGCCGCUGAGGAGGCCGCAGGGACAUAUCGACUGCUGAAGGACAAAGUUGAAGACGUCUAUCAGGAUAUGUCAACUCAGGUUGAUUACCAGGAAUUAAAAAACAAGGUUUUAGACACUACAGUGAAUGUCCUAAAGGAGUACCACAAGAAAAUAAAGCACCUGAUUGUCUCAGUCGUGGAGUUCCUGAGGGUCACAAAGUUCCAACUCCCCGGCCAGAGUGAAAAAUAUACAGCAGAAGAACUCUACACCAUGUCUACCAAAGAGGUUCGAGAGGCCCUGGUUUGGGGCAUCUCUAAAUUUCAACAUAUUUUGGAUAUUGUGGUCAUUUAUUUAGAAGACCUGGAUACCUCCAUUCUGAAGGACAUAAAGAUUAAGAUUCCUGGUUUUUCCAGAUCCAUCCAAGGAGAGGAAAUAAUUGAGCCGCUCAAGACAUUGACCCGAUAUUUCAUGAAAGAAAUCCAGUGGGCACCUAAUUAUCUUCAGAAUGUCAAAUUUUCAGAGGUGGCCGAAAAUCUGCAGCAUUCUGUCCAAAAGGUUUUCGUAGGCAUGGAAGAAGCCAUUGAAAGCUUGAAGGCAAAGAGCUUUGAUGAUAUCAAAACUGAGUUCCAUGAAAUGUUCAGCCCAAUCUUUAACGUUCUUCUCCCAAAUGCAUUCCAAGUCUUCAAGGAGAAAAUCAAUGAAUACCUGGCCGUACUGAAUACAUUUGUUCAGCAUACAUUGCAAGAAGUUUCCAAAGAAAUGCAACAGCUGCAUCAGUACAUGAAGGAUCUUCGGGAAGAGUAUUUUGAUCCGAGUGUGGUUGGAUGGGCGGUGAAAUACUACGAAAUUGAAGACAAGGCGGUGAUCUUGUUCAAGAAUCUUCUUGUCACUCUGAAGGCAUUCAGUUCCAGAGUCAUGAAUAGCACCGCUGACUUGACAUCUAACCUAGUGGAGCAGGUCAACGAAUUUAUCAGCAAAGAAGGUCAACAAUAUUUAAACAUUCUAACUGAUGCCAACGGGAAAGGGAAGAAGAUGAUCUCAGAGCUUUCUUCUGCUGUGCGCGGUAAGAUUCAAACUUGGGCCGCCACUGCUCGGAAAAGCAUUGCCGAAUAUCAUGAACAAUUCAAGGUAAAGGUGCAGGAUGCCUCUGAACAGAUCUCUAGAUCAUACGAAACCUUUGCUGCCGAGACGAAACGGCUUGUCGACCUGACUAUUGAAAACUUCUAUGCGUUCCUAAAGUACCUUACGGAGCUACUCCAGAAGCUUCAGUCCGAGACAGACGGUAGCAUAAAUCCAUAUGUACAAGUGUCCCAGGGAGAGAGAAUAUUCUAAGCACCUCACCCACUUGAGCAACUAUCCUUUAACCAAGUUCCCAAGCUCAAAGACGAUGUCAUCGGGGGAAGGUUGGAGCCGACUCACUCUUUGAUCCCGCAAGGCUUCGAAAAAGGUUCCAAGGAAUGGGAAGACUUACAGAGUCUCAAUGAACAUCACAUUGUUGAUGGACAGUUGACCUUUCAGCAGGUUGCCGAAGAGACGCGCCAGCUCAUGGAGGCCUAAAUAGAUCUGUGUCAUGGUGAAAAUUGCCUGUUCGUAUUCUGAUGUGUAUUUAAAGAGGACAGCAAUCAGAAUAGCUUGGACUUUGGGAGUUGAUAUCUUCAUAGAUGACAAAAUCAUAUAAUCUGGGUUUUGUUGUUGAACUAGGCAAAGCAAAUAAAUGAAUUCUUUAGUAAA